AAGAGGCAGGCAAGAUCUGCACUCCUCAACAUCUCUUCUUCUUUCCUAAUGAAUAAAAAGGACUGAUGUUAGCCAGAGAGCUUUCUGAAUGAUUUAACCAUUCUCCCAACAGAGAAAACCAUGUAAAGUUUCUAUUGAGCAAAAUGGUUUCGAGCCCUUCUUCAAGAUCUUUAAUGCAUGACUCUGCCUUUUGGAGUUCAGUUUGUGCAUUCUCAAUUUGAAUGCUUUUCUUGCCACCAAUGAUAGCUUCAGCAUUGGCAAUCUCAUUUUCACUCUCUUCUCCUUCUUCACACUAUUUUUUUCUUCUGCAAUAUAGCUUUGAAACUGCUGACCAGCGGCUUGUUUUUGAUCCUGCAUGCGGUCCAGAUACAAAGAGCAGCAAGGAUUCCAUCACAUUGAGAGUGACUGUUUGUGCCCCACAGAAGAUGUUAAAUAUUGCUCCAGUUUCAUUGCAUUUGUUUUCUUUGUUCUUCAAAUUCUUUAAGGCCUUCGAAACUGCCUUCUUCUCUGCCUUCCUGGAGGCUAAGUAUUUCCCAACCUCUGAUAUCAAAGAUCCUAAGAGACCUAUUCUGCAGCUCAUCAACACAUUUCCCAUGCUGCUCAUGGGCCAAGGCUUAUUGGUUAAGGGGAAGCAGGAGCAACUUCUGGAUAUAAUCAUGUUAAUAUUGAAGGCCAUUGAGUUUUCGCAAAUUGAGGAUCAUGAGGUUGAGGCGAAUUCAGAUGAUGCCAAUCUGCUCAAAUGUUCAUCAACCUCUGAAGUUACGGGGUGUGAUCUAGAGGGACAGCUGUUUGAGCGAGAGUGUGAGGAUGAUGAGGUUGAGGCAGAUUCAGCUGAUGCCAAUCUGCUCAAAUGCUCAUCGACCUCUGAAGCUAUGGGAUGCGAUCUAAAGGGAAAGCUGUUUGAGCGAGACUGGCAGUGAGAUCUCUGAUAACAUGCAGCACACGAGUGGUGUUGGGAAGUUUGAAGGUAAUAGCCAUAUUUCUCUUUUCCCCUCAUAAAAUUAUAAUUGAGCACUUUUUCAUGUGGAGAAAUGCAUUGCCUAUUCUGUUUCUUAUUUGUUCUGUGUUUGUCUAGCAUUACAACUGCAUAGUAAUAGGGCUCUUAAGCUUGUUAAGUUAUGCAAGAGACUGGCAAGAUCCACACACUUGACAUCUCCUUAUCAUGUCAAAAGCAUAAAAAAGGAGUGAUGUC